AUUCUGACAGAUGUAAGCCGUAGAGGAAUUCAGCGUUCGUUUGUGUUUCAUUCCAGCAAGCAGAGCUUAAUCAGUCUUUGACAUGGGGAGAGCAAAGCAAACGGCCCGAAAAUCCACAGGGGGAUUGGUGCACCGUACAAUGUUGUCGAGAUAUCGGGAGUCGAUGUGCGACCUGUCAAGGUUGAAGAAGCCUCAUCGUUUUCGGCCAGGGACUGUUGCUCUGAGAGAAAUCCGCAUGUACCAGAAGACCACAGAACUUCUCAUUCGGAAGCUUCCUUUCCAAAGACUGGUGCGGGAAAUCUCUUUGAAAAUCUCCAAGUUCAACUACAAGUUUAAGGUCGCGGCGUUGGCUUCCUUACAGGAGGCAUGCGAGGCAUUCCUUGUGGGUUUGUUCGAGGACACCAACCUUUGUGCUAUCCACGCCAAGAGAAUCACCAUUAUGCCACGAGACAUCAAGCUGGCACGGCGCAUUCGAGGAGAGUUCUAAUGCGUACUGAACUGUAGAUUUACGUAAAUGGGCGACAUCUUCUAUAUUCUAAUUACGUAUCCAACGUAUAUCUGUGUCAUUUUCAAUUCAGACAAUAUAUGUAUAUAUUUCGUUGAACCGAUUUGGUUAUAAAUAUGUUUAAAUAUGUUUGAAUAUGUGGUUGAGCAAACGCCUUGACUAUCAUCCAUUGUUUGUAUAGUUUACACGAGUAUUGAUCAACAAUCACAUCUCAGGUAAACAAAAAUACUGUAAAACUUCACUGCUUGUUUGAUUACUAAAAACAUUCUUUUAUCAUUUUGUAAAUGUUGUAAUUCUAUCUGUAAAACGCCUACCAUUCUACAUGUUUCUUGGAACAAUGACCAUAAACAUGAUUUAUUGUCGGCGUUCUAAACUCAAAUAAUUGAAUUACAUUUUUAUUUAAAAUACCUGGAUAAUCUCCUUUGUAAUUUAUGGAUAAUCCA